CAAAAACAGCACAAUUAGCACUCUUUGCUUGAUCUUAGUAUAUGCGCUCUCGCUCUUUAUUUUGAUGGAUUCGAAAUGGUUGUACGUGGUACUUACACUCUUCUUAUUAGAAGGGAUGUGGUGCCAAGGGUGUUUGGAGCAAGAGAGAAUUGCUCUACUACAACUCAAGUCUUUCUUCAAAGAUCCUUGGGUUUUGAGAAAUUGGGGGAGAGGAAAGGAAAAUUCAGAUUGUUGUCAAUGGGAAAGGGUUGAGUGCAACCCCUCCAGUGGACGAGUUAUCAAACUCGAUCUUGAUCACCUGUAUCAUUGGCAUAACUCAUAUCUUAAUGCCUCUUUGUUUCUCCCAUUUGAGGAAUUGAAGAACCUCAGUUUGGCUUACAAUGGAAUAAAUGGUUUCAUUGAAAAUGAAGAUUUCCAUAGGCUUUCAAAGUUGAGCAAUUUGGAAUUCCUUGACUUGAGUUGGAAUGACUUCAAUAGCAAAAUUUUGUCAUCUUUGAGUGAGCUUUCAUCUCUCAAGUCUCUAAAUCUUGCAGGCAACUACUUUCAAGUGUCAAACCAUACUAAUGGUUUUAAAAGGCUUUCUAAGUUGAGGAGUUUGGAAAUCCUUGAUCUUAGUGACAAUUACUUGAAUAAUAGUAUCUUAACAUCUUUGAGUGAUCUUCUAUCUCUUAAAUCUCUCAACCUAGCCAGCUGCAACUUAAUGAUAGCAUCAAAUCACAUGGAGGCAGCUAAUUUUGAAAGCCUGUCAAGACGCAGCCACUUGGAAUUUCUUGACUUAAGUUCCAAUAUAGAUUUGAACAAUAGCGUACUACCAUAUCUGAGUAGUCUUCUAUCUUUGAAAACUCUUAUCCUGCGGGAUUGUGGACUAAACGGGACUUUGAGCACUAGAGGUUUCAUGAGGUUUUCUAAUUUGAGAAAUUUGAAAAUCCUUGAUCUUAGUAGCAAUGACUUAGAUAUUAAUAUCUUAACAUCUUUGGGUGAGCUUCCAUCUCUCAAGUCUUUGAGGUUGAUAGGCUGCAACUUAAUGAUAGCAUCAAACCAUAGAGACGGAGCUGAUUUUGAAAAGCUGUCAAGAUUUCGCCAUCUGGAAUUUCUCGACUUAAGUGAUAAUAAGGACUUGAACAACAGCAUUCUAUCAUAUUUAAGUAGUUUUUCAUCUCUAAAAACUCUAAUCUUGUCCUCUUGUGGACUUAAUGGAACUUUGAGUACAAGAGCAAAUACAAGCUUUAGCAAGUUAGAAACUCUUUAUCUUGAUGGAAUAUCACCCAAGGAAAGCAAUGUGCCAGCACAGUUAUCACUAGAAGCAUUCCCAUCACUUAAGAGACUUUAUUUGGCAUAUAACGAUCAUCUAAACCAAACCAUUUUUAUUCAAACUUCGCAAGUUUUGAGCAAUCUAGAGGAACUUUUCUUGGAUCAGUCCCCUCUUAGCAUAAACUUUCUGCAAAAUAUUGGUGCAUUGACCUCUCUCAGGUCAAUAUCUCUAAGAGAUUGUGGAUUCACAGGAACCUUACCAACUCAAGUUCCAAAUUCCUUCAAGUCAUUUGCAAACCAUUCCAACCUUAAAGUCUUCUUCAGUGAUUUCAAUCAAUUGGUUCCAGAACAUGAUCAUGUUCAAACAAGGGUUCCCAAGUUCCAGCCAAGAGUCCUUAGUUUGUCAAACUGUAGGGCAAAUGAGGAACUCACUAAACCUCCUAGCCUUCUCUAUUACCUAUAUGACUUGAGAUAUGUUGAUCUUUCAUUUGACCAAUUUAUGGGAGCCUUACCUUAUUGGUUGUUUGAAAAUAAUACAAGAUUACAAGUUGCUGUUAUGAAGAACAAUUCUUUCAUGGGUUCUUUCCACUUGCCAUCACGACCUAAUCUUGAUGUUCAGGAAAUAGAUAUUUCGAAUAACCAAGUACAAGGUGAAAUCCCAUUAAAUAUCAGUAUGAUUUUUCCAUAUUUAACAGGGUUAAUCUUGUCUGGAAAUGGCUUUGGUGUAAGAUUUUCCAAGUGGUUGGUUGGUAUGAACUCUUUAGAAUUUUUAGACUUGUCUAGCAACCAAUUCUCUGGAACAUUACCAAAAGAGUUUGUUAUAGGAAAAUCAUUAAAUUAUCUUAGACUUUCAAACAACAACUUGAUUGGGAAAAUACCUCCUAGUGUAUUUAAGCUUCAAUCGUUGGAUGCAUUGUAUCUGGAUAGAAACAAUUUUGAAGGAGAGAUAUCCAAUGUCCACUUUUCUAGGUCUUCAUAUCUAAACAUAUUGGACAUUAGCAACAACAAUUUGUCAGGAAAGCUUCCAAGAUGGACAAAGAAUCUCCUUGGUUUGACUGAAUUGGAUUUAUCCAACAAUCACUUUGAUGGUUCAAUUCCAGAGGAAUUUUGCUAUAAUGCUAACCUUAAGCUUCUUGACCUAUCUCACAACAAUUUAUCUGGGUCUCUACCACAUUGCUCUAGUCCGUUCUCACCAUACUUAUCACGUAUCUAUUUGAGAAAAAAUAGACUAAAUGGUCUACUAACAGAUUCAUUCUUGAACAUCUCUUUAUUGAAGAUACUAGAUCUUGGAGAAAACAACCUUUCUGGAAGCAUUCCAAAAUGGAUCAGCAACCUUUCUUCCUUGAGUGUCUUGCGUCUAAAAGAAAUGCAAACUAGAUUAAUGGAAGAGGUAUAUACACAAUUGGAUAGGUAUAUACAAGAUCGGAUAGAACUUGUUACCAAGUGGUGGUCUUACACUUAUGAAGGCAACAUUCUUGGUUACAUGUCUGAAAUUGAUCUCUCUUGCAACCAAUUAACAGGCUUAAUCCCACUUGCAAUGGGAAACUUAAGUGACAUUCAUUCACUUAACUUGUCCCACAACAACUUAACUGGACCCAUACCUUCUACCUUCUCAAAAUUGAAACAACUUGAGAGCUUGGACCUUUCUUUCAAUGAUUUGAAUGGUGAGAUUCCAUCUCAACUUACUGAGCUAAACUCUUUGGCAGUUUUUAGUGUUGCACACAACAAUCUCUUAGGUCCUAUCCCAUAUGGAAAAGGACAAUUUGGAACCUUUGACAACAACAGUUACGAGGGAAACCCGCUUCUUUGUGGACCUCCAUUGGAAAAAAGUUGCAAGGAAACUAAUGCACAACCAAAGUCCUAUACAUAAAUCCAUAUUGGCGACGGGCAUGGUUUUAUUUGAUUGAGAGGUGUGUCACCAAUUGCUACUAUUUAAUCUUGGAUAAUAUUCUAAGAUUCUAGUAUUGUAAUAAUGUAACUAAUUUAUGUCUGUUAGGAUGUACUUUCAUCCAUGCCAAGUUUUAAUAAUGCAAUUCAAUUUUC